UUCCUCAUCAGAAUUGUUUUCCUUUCAGCAGGACAAUCUUCAGUUGAAAGAUUUUUCAGACUUUCUUUUAAAAGUCAGCACAGUCAUGGCUUCUUCUGGAAGUUUCCUAUCUGAAGAUCAGCUCCAGUGCUCCAUCUGUCUGGAUGUGUUCACUGAUCCAGUCUCGACUUCCUGUGGACACAACUUCUGUAUGAUCUGUCUCAAAGAGUUCUGGGACAGCAGUUCACACUGUCAGUGUCCAGUGUGUAAAAUGGAUUUCCUCCAAAGACCUGAGUUGCAUGUGAACACAUUCAUCUCUGAACUGGCUGGUCAGUUUAAGAGGGACUGUCCCUCCAAGACUAAGAAGGUUCUCUGUGACUUCUGCAAUGAGAAAAAGCUGGAGGCUUUAAAGUCCUGUCUGCACUGUGGAGUUUCUUUCUGUAACACUCAUCUAAUGCUUCAUAAAACUACACCAAAACUCAUGAAGCACAAACUGAUGGAUCCUGUGGAGAACCUGGAGGACUACAUCUGCCAGAAACAUGAGAGACCCCUGGAGCUGUUCUGUAGAGACGACCAGACGCGUGUGUGUCAGUUCUGUACUGAGGGAGAACACAGAACUCACAGCACUGUUCCUAUCGAGGAGGAGAUUCGAGAUAAUAAAGUUGAGUUAUGGAUGGUACAUGCAGUAGUUCAGCAGAUGAUCCAAGAACGACUGAAGAAGAUUGAGGAAACGAGACAGACUGUAGAACUCAACAAAAAAAACAUAGAGAAGGACAAAGCAUAUGGUGUGGAGAUCUUCAGUGCUCUGAUGCGCUGCAUGGAGAGAAACCUGGCUGAACAGUUUGAAAUGAUGGAGGAGACGCAGAAUGCAGCAGAGAUGCAGGCUGAAGAGUUCGUUAAAGAGCUGGAGCAGGAAAUCACUGAGCUAAAGAGGAGAAACACUGAGCUGGAGCAGAUCUCACACACUGAGGAUCACCUCCACUUCCUACAGAUUUACCCGUCACUGUGCAGCCCUCCACACACCCAGGACUGGACUGACAUCACAAUUUACCCUCAUCUGAGUGUGGCGACUCUGAGGAGAAAAAUAUUACAAGAAGUUCUUAAUAAGGAAAUGGACAGAUUUGUUGAAAUUGAACUAAACGUAAUCCAGAAAUAUGCAGUGGAUGUGACUCUGGAUCCUGACACAGUGAAUCCUUCUCUUACCCUUUCUAAUGAUGGCAAAGAGGUCACAUGUGAAAAUGUAUUAAAGAAUCUCCCUGAUAACCCAGAGAGGUUUGAUCGUUGUGUCUGUGUGCUGGGAAAGGAGGGAUUCUCCUCAGGGAGAUUUUACUAUGAGGUGCAGGUCAGAGGGAAGACUGAGUGGGAUGUCGGAGUGGCCAGAAAGUCUGUUAAUAGGAAGGGAGAUGUUACAGCCUGCCCUGAAAAUGGAUUUUGGUGUGUGUCUUGGCGUAAUCAGGCUGACUAUGUAGCUCUGGAUUCUCCCUCUGUCCCCCUCUCCUUGAAACAGGCUCCUCAGAAGGUGGGAGUGUUUGUGGAUUAUGAGGAGGGUCUGAUCUCCUUCUAUGAUGUUGAUGCAAAGUGUCACAUAUAUUCUUUCACUGGCCAGAUGUUCACUGACGAACUUUAUCCAUUCUUCAGCCCCUGCCUUAAUGAACGACACCAGAACUCGGCACCACUGAUCAUCUGUGCAUUGACUCAAGUCCAAAACUAAGUUUUCAAUACUGUAUAAAAGUUGCAUAAUGCAUAGAAUCAUGAUCAUGAUUCCUGAUUUGUCCUCCAUAACAAAUGAGUUGGUAAAGCAUAUCAUAUCAUGAAUCAUAGUCAUCAUGGAUACCCUAAAGUACUGCACUUCCCGAAAGUCUUCCUUCAGUCGAUAAUCUCAACUACAUGCUGUAGACUUGUACUGAAAAGAUCUGCAUAAAAUCUUUCAUCUGCUUAUUACACUCAUAUUUGCGAUAUGCUCAUCCUUUCAAUACACAUAGUUUAACAACUUCAUAGUAUACAAUUGCAGAAGAGUCAUGAUUUACUGAACUUAUUCCAGGACUCUUGCUCACUCUUACAGAAGGUACUUCCAUUGCAUUUAGUACUGUAUGACUAUAAUAAAGGGCUGUAAGGAGUAAGUGACUUAUAAACCCACAAUUCAGUGUCAACCAAAAGAGGACAGGCUUGGGAGUCUGGAUCUUCUCAAGUUUCCUCUCAAGGUUUUUCCUCACCUCUGAUGUCUCUAGCUUGUUCAUCUCAUCUCAUUAUCUCUAGCCGCUUUAUCCUGUUCUACAGGGUCGCAGGCGAGCUGGAGCCUAUCCCAGCUGACUACGGGCGAAAGGCGGGGUACACCCUGGACAAGUCGCCAGGUCAUCACAGGGCUGACACAUAGACAC